AUCAUGACUGUUAGUGACACACUUUGUAGGACUAUGCUGCAUUCCGAUUAAUUCCCUGCUCCCUCUCACACAUGGAUGCACUAAGCUGGACCGCUGUAGUUGUGUUUGCCUGUCUUCUUGCAAGUGGCACAGCUGACGACGACCUCUGCAGUACGUGUGAUGCCACUGUGUCCAGCCUAGAACACUGCUUCAACCGGACAUGUGACCACGGAGAGGAGUGUUCCCUGGUGGUUCUACCCGAUAGUCGUUCCAUCGGUGAAUACGUGUAUAAAAGUGGCUGUGCGACAAAACAUAUGUGUGAUGCUGACGAGAACGACAGGAACGUCAUUUGCAGCAGCUGCAAGGACAGCACCCACGACAACGUAAAGCACUGCCAUGAAAAGCUUCAUGAAUUCCAGAAACAACAUAGCCCAGAUAACUGUUUGACUUGCCAUUUUAACGGCCACAUCUUCUGCGACAAACAUGAAAGGUGUGACGACGAUAAGGCAUGCUACAUACAAGAGACACGGGAUAGCCACAAUUCCCACUAUUACAACGGAUACCACGCUGGCUGCAUUGAUAAGAGGACGUGUGACACAAUCUCCAGUAAGGGAGUUUACCACAAUCACAGGGUGGUAAAGGGUGCUUGUUGUUACACCACCAACUGCAACUCCAUGAACUUCCUGGAAGGACACGGAAUCACGUCGACUACACAUGCACACACUGUGAUGGCAGCGACAACAACAAAACCGCCGACAACGACAGAACCAGCGACAACAACAAAACCGCCGACAACGACAGAACCAGCGACAACAACAAAACCGCCGACAACGACAGAACCAGCGACAACAACAAAACCGCCGACAACGACAGAACCAGCAACAACAACAAAACAACAGACAACUGCAGAGCAAACAACCACGGUAGCUACGGAAACAACAACGGUUAUCAAAACCACUGUGAAAGCUACACAACCGCCGUCAACGUCCAUUCCGACUACAGCAACCACGCCACCGUCGACCACAGAGGCAUACCGUCUUUGCGCCACCUACACCGACCAAACGUCCCCUCACCCCAGCAAUAAGCAGAGAUGUGCAACUGCAGAGGAGAUGUGUUCCCUGCAGCAGUACACGGCCCCGGAGCACCACUACAAGCUCUUCCGGAGUGGCUGUUCCAACAAGCAGAAUUGUGACGUCAUCAGCGACAAAUCACGUGACCCGACAGUGCUGUAUGGAGCAUGUAGCAUCACCAUCGAACAAAGCUUGAAUGAAUUCCUCAGAUACCAACACGAACGCGAAAUGGACAAUCUGCGUCACGAGGCGCACUGUAGAAAGUGUACCGCAGCCCCACUGCAGACGUCAGACGAUUGUGGUCAAUACCAGGCGUGUUUCCCAGAGCAGGCAUGCGCAGUGCAGGUGACAAAUGACGGCGGCAAUAUGAACAUGUUCAGCGAGUGCGUGCCACAAUCGGAAUGCAACUUCUUGCAAACCAACUACAUGCAUCAAGCCAGCUCCCAUCAAUCCAUCCUCUGUGGCAGUUGCUGUGGCAACAUGACAUGCGCAGUAGACGAAUGUAAACGUCAACUGUUGUCCGUGGUGGCCAUGGGAUGAUCUGGACACCGACCAGGACACUACUAUGCCAGACGCUGGACAGUACAAGUGGAGAAAUAGAAACACUAUUGUACAACCAAUAAACAACAAUGUGUCACAUGACAAAAACAGA